AUGGUGGAGCGCCGUCGGCAAGGCCUCUGCUUCAACUGCGAUGAAAAAUUCGCCUGCGGCCACAAGUGCGCCCACCUGUUCUUCAUCGAGUACGACGACUCGGAGCUGGACGACUUCGUGGACGGGGGCGGUGAGGUGGCCGACGACGAGCCACACAUCUUGCUCUACGCGGUGGCAGGAGUGACGGCGGCGGACACUAUGCGCCUCCGCAUUCGCAUCCACGACCAGGAACUCCUGGCUCUCGUGAACUCCGGCUCUUCCCACAACUUCAUCCGGGACGAUGUGGCGCACCGGCUGGGCGUUGCAUUACAGCCGGUGCGGUCUGGCCUCAACGUCAUCGUCGCCAACGGCGACAGGCUACCCUGCACUAGCGUCUGCACCGCCCUGGACAUUCAGGUAGGGGCGGAGCCGUUCCAAGUGGAAUGCUUCUCCCUCGCUCUCGGCGGCUACGACGUCAUCCUUGGGACGCAAUGGUUGCGUACGUUGGGGCUCAUCCUCUGGGACUUUUCGACGCUCUCCCUGACAUGCUGCCUCAACAGUCGCCGCGUGACGUGGCUCGGCGAGCGGGGCCGCAAAGCGCCUUCAUGCCACCAGCUCCAGGCGGACUCCCUGCUGCAGCAUCUACUGGAGGAUUUUGCUAGUCUCUUCACCGAGCCCAUGGGACUCCCUCCAGCACGCUUCCACGACCAUCGCAUCCACCUGGAGCCUGCUACCCGACCCGUCGCCGUACGGCCAUACCGUUACCCCCAACUGCAGAAGGAUGAGGUUGAACGACAGUGUGCAGAGAUGCUCCGCCAAGGCAUCAUCCGCUUGAGCACGUCGACAUUCUCCUCGCCGGUCCUCCUCGUCAAGAAACAUGACGGCUCAUGGCGGUUCUGCGUCGACUACCACGCCCUCAACGCCAUCACCAUCAAGGCCAAGUUCCCCAUCCCGGUGGUAGAGGAGCUCCUAGAUGAACUCCACGGCGCGCGAUUCUUUACCAAGCUGGACCUCCGCUCCGGGUACCACCAGGUACGCAUGCACGCCAGUGACAUUGCAAAGACGGCGUUCCAGACGCAUCCAGGCCACUACGAGUUCCUGGUGAUGCCGUUUGGCUUGUGCAACACCCCAGCCACCUUCCAAGCCCUCAUGAACGACAUCCUCGGCAAGUAUCUCCGCCAAUUCGUGCUUGUUUUCUUUGAUGAUAUCCUAAUCUACAGCAAGACCUGGGCGGGCCAUCUGCGACACGUUUGUCUCAUCCUCGACACGCUUCGCCAGCACGGCCUUCGUCUCAAGCGGUCCAAGUGCGAGUUCGGGGUGCCCAAUGUAUCCUACCUGGGCCAUGUGGUGUCCGCGGACGGGGUGGCUAUGGACAGCCACCUUCCAAGCCCUCAUGAACGACAUCCUCGCAAGACCUGGGCGGGCCAUCUGCGACACAUUUGUCUCAUCCUCGACACGCUUCGCCAGCACGGCCUUCGUCUCAAGCGGUCCAAGUGCGAGUUCGGGGUGCCCAAUGUAUCCUACCUGGGCCAUGUGGUGUCCGCGGACGGGGUGGCUAUGGACAGCCAGAAGAUCAAAGCCGUGGUGAACUGGCCGCACCCGGGCUCGAUGCCGGCACUCCGUGGUUUCCUCGGGCUCGAUGCCGGCACUCCAUGGUUUCCUCGGGCUCGCCGGCACUGGUGGAUCAGCAAGCUCAUGGGCUUCGACUUCACCGUGGAAUACAAGCCGGGCAGCACUAAUGUCGUGGCGGACACGUUGUCGCGGCGCGAGGCUGCCGCUGCCGAGGCCAUGGCUCUGUCCUCGCCCACGUUCCACCUAUGGGAAGAGCUCCGUCGGCAGCUGGGCGGCAUGCCAGACUACCAGCACCUGCGCCAGGAAGUGGAGGCUGGGCGCAAGGGGUCGCAAUGGGCAAUAAAGGAUGGCCUCGUCCUGAAGAUGCGUCGCGUGUUCAUGCCGGAGUAG